UGUUCUCCCAGACUUCUCUCGGUAGUACUAACGGGUUUUGGUGGCUUUGCCGCGAACCCCCGGACUGUAGCGCUUCUGACCGCUGGGCCUACUCCGGCUCUUCUUCCCGUUGCUAAUUACUGGAUGAUGCCGAGUCGGGGAAAGGGGAGGUUCGGGGGACCCUCGAGGGAGGGGGUGACCGUAGGGCCUCCAAGAGUAGAACCUGAGCCCUUUGCCUCCAAGCCCGAGCCCGAACCCGGCCUGAACCUGAGUCUGAGCCCUGACCCAAGGAGCCCCGAGCCGCCCUGCUCCAUCCUCCGGUUGGGGGGAGCCAGGUCUGGGGGGCGGAGAGGACGGCAACGAGCGCGGCAGGUUCGCUUCCACCUGGCUUCCCCGUGUCAUUCUCCCUCUUCCAGCGUGUCCCCACAACGGGGGAAGAAGCUACCCACAGAUGAACUUUUGGAGAAGUGUGAAGCCUUGCCACGCCUCGUAGCCCCAGGGCUUCAAAGUACCCUAGCCCUGGGGCAGCAGCUAGAGUCCCUUAGGGAGGUCACAGCCCUGGGGCAGUUUGAUGCCCUGAAGGCUGCAGAGGAGCAAUUGAAAAAAUCGUUCCUAAGUCGCUGUGAGAUGGAGGAAAACGUAUCAGAGGGGUUGAACGUGCCUAGAUCCCAACGGCUCUACAGGGACCUGGUGAGCCUGAAAGUUCCAAAGGAGCAAGUGUUGAAUGCUGCGUUGAUGGAAAAACUGGCCUUGCUUCCAGCACAGCCUCAGGUCCCAACCCACAAGCUAAAGGAGGUUCCUGAGCCAGGUCCAGAACUAAGCAUCUUAUGUGAUCCCCAAUUACUGGUCCAUGAGUCUCCACACUUAUCGCUUGAAGGGUUCCCUCUCUGGAAGCUAAGGCCACAGACCCGUCCUGCAGAGGAUACCUUCCUCAUGCAUCAGACUCUCAGACGGUGGGAUACAUAGCAUUACAGGAUUGUCUUCACUUUUAUUUUUGUUGUGGUAGGAGGGAGGGUGCACAUGUUGGGGUUCUCCUUUACAUUGUUUUUUAUAGAAAUAAAGUUUGAUAGGUUAACUUUUUUCCGAGGAUUUGGUAAAGGUUGGUAAUCAGCAAGCCUGAUAAGAGCCUAAGAACAGCUCUUGGAAAGUUUCUCUUAUUGAAUACUACUGUGCUACUCCCAUACUCUAGGGUUUGAAUCUUUCAGGGGAAGGAUGAAAAGAGCAACAGGAAGAUGGGAAAUAGAUAGCUUCCCCCUUACCCAAAACAGGAUAUCUCCCUUCUAUAUGAAAUGGGAGAAGGAGGGGGGGGGGCUUGAUUUCCUCUCCAGUUUAUCAUAUUUAAAGUAGCUUUAUGUGUUCUGUUCUUUUCUUGUGCAUGGCCAAAUCUGAGGUCAUGGGAUCUAUCAGCAGAGGAUGACCUCACUAACUUUCCCUUGUAGAGUUCUGGGACAUGUGACUAUUUGCAGAAAGAGUUGAGUUCUCCACACCUAUAAAAUAAAAUAAAAUAAAAGCCCCACUCUUCUUA